GGCUCGGUGGGAGGUAAGAGAAACAACUGAGAAAGCAAAGGGAGAGAGAGAGAGGUUGAGAAGUAGAGAGGUUUCCUGGAGAAGAAGCAACUGGAAAUUGAGAAUGGAUGUGAUUAAAACGCAGCAAAUCUCAGCGAGGCCGAUCGAGAAGGUCAUAGUUCACCCUCUGGUUCUUCUCAGCAUCGUCGACAACUACAACCGGGUCGCCAAGGACACUCGCAAGCGCGUCGUUGGGGUUCUCCUCGGUUCCUCUUACCGCGGCACCGUGGACGUCAGCAACAGCUACGCCGUGCCCUUUGAAGAAGAUGACAAGGACCCAAGUAUCUGGUUUCUUGAUCACAACUACCAUGAAGCCAUGUAUUCCAUGUCGAAGAGAAUUAACGCAAAGGAGCAUGUUGUGGGAUGGUACAGCACAGGCCCAAAGUUGCGAGAAAAUGACUUAGAUGUUCACAGUUUGUUUACCGACUAUGUUCCAAAUCCUGUCUUGGUCAUAAUUGAUGUCCAACCUAAGGAGCUGGGAAUACCCACAAAAGCUUACUGUGCUGUUGAAGAGGUUAAAGAGAAUGCUACCCAGAAAAGCCAGAAGGUGUUCGUUCAUGUGCCCUCCGAAAUUGCUGCGCAUGAAGUUGAGGAGAUCGGAGUGGAACACUUGCUUAGAGAUGUUAAGGAUACAACCAUCAGCACUCUUGCAACAGAGGUUACUGGGAAGCUCACAGCUUUGAAAGGAUUGGAUGCUAGGCUCCGCGAGAUCCGGAGUUAUCUUGAUCUUGUUAUUGACGAGAAGCUCCCAUUGAACCACGAGAUUUUGUACCACCUACAGGAUGUGUUCAAUUUACUCCCCAAUCUGAAUGUUUCUGAGUUGAUCAAGGGCUUUGCAGUGAAAACAAAUGAUAUGAUGCUGGUUAUUUAUCUUUCUUCCCUUAUCCGAAGUGUUAUUGCUCUUCACAACUUGAUCAAUAACAAGAUGCAGAAUAAGGAGCACGAAAAGGCAGAAGACUCCAAACAAGUAGCCGUACCAGCUGCAGCCAGCUAGAACAGUUUUUAUGGCGCUUGGACUUUCAAGGGGUGCGAUCAUCCAAUGCGUACUUUAAGUUCAUUCCAUCAAUCGAUGUAUUUCAAGUUUGAAUUGGAGGAAUGCAUACAGAACUUGCCCGAUGGUGCUUAAGUUAUUUCUGAACAAUGAUGUCCGGGUUGUCUAUUGAUAUUGGAUAAACCAUCAUUUGCGUUUCUUUCCAUCUUGUUUAUCCAUGUUAUCUCAUCAACAUUUGGUUUA